AUGUCCAGCAGAGGAGCCAUGGCGGGACUCAAACGCCACCGCGACGGGAAGAUAGCCGGCCUCUACGAUUUGGACAAGACCUUGGGACGUGGCCAUUUCGCUGUGGUCAAAUUAGCGCGACAUGUGUUUACAGGAGAAAAGGUUGCUGUGAAAGUAAUAGACAAGACCAAGCUUGACCCAGUAGCACGGGGUCACCUUUUCCAGGAAGUCCGCUGCAUGAAGCUGGUUCAACAUCCCAAUGUAGUUCGUCUCUAUGAAGUCAUCGACACGGCAACCAAACUCUACCUCAUUCUGGAGCUGGGCGACGGAGGGGACAUGUACGACUGCAUCAUGAAGCACGAGGGGGGACUUGGCGAAGAGGUGGCUAAAUGUUACUUUGCUCAGAUCGUCCACGCCAUCUCCUACUGUCACAAACUCCACGUGGUGCACCGGGACCUAAAGCCAGAGAACGUGGUCUUCUUUGAAAAACAAGGCGUAGUAAAGCUCACAGACUUUGGCUUCAGUAAUCGAUUUCAGCCAGGCACCACACUCCACACCUCUUGCGGAUCGCUGGCUUACUCCGCGCCAGAAAUUCUACUGGGAGACGAGUACGAUGCCCCUGCUGUCGAUAUCUGGAGUCUGGGGGUAAUCCUUUAUAUGCUGGUUUGCGGUCAACCCCCCUUUCAAGAAACCAACGACAGCGAGACGUUAACAAUGAUCAUGGACUGCAAAUACAACGUUCCGGAACAUGUCACCACAGCCUGCAGAGACCUCAUUGGUCGCAUGCUGCAGAGGGAGCCAACGAAGAGAGCAACCCUAGCACAAAUUGAAAGCCAUGAUUGGUUGAAAGGUGUUGACCCCUCCCCUGCCACUAAGCUGUCCACCCCCCUCGUGUCCCAUCGCAACGUAUCAGAAGAAGAACAUAGUUCCAUUAUUCAACGAAUUGUACUUGGGGGGAUCGCAGACCGCGACAGCGUCACUGAGGCUUUGGAAUCAAAUCAAUACAACCAUAUAACAGCCACGUAUUUCCUUCUGGCGGAGAGGAUGCUCCGAGAGAGGCAGGAGAAGGAGUUGUCCAGUCAAACACGAUCACCCAGCCCCAGUAAAGCUCAGUUCAGACAAUCAUGGCCCACCCGAGUGGAUGUUCACCAGGAUGUUGGUGAUGGGUUAGGAGGGCCAGCCAUCUCACACCCUGGGGGACCGCAGUCCCCAGCGCGAAGUGCAGAGAGCCUUCUCAAAGGACCUAGACCCAAAACCGCUCUACUGGACGUCAGCCAACACUACGACAACAAUGCACCAAUGUCAAACCAGGAACCUAUAAGAGGACCUCGGCCGCUAAACAAACACCAGUCCAUCCCACACCGUCUGGGUCCCUUGGCUGUGGGGGGUCCUUGUAAAACCCGCAGUCCCAGUCUCUUCAGUGUGGAGGAGGAUGAGGAGGAAGAAGGAGGUGAAGGAAAAUGUCUGCCACCGGCUUCAUUUCCAACUCAAGUUGUGCUUCGCUGUAAAUCCUCCUCCUCUGCUAAUCGCCUGACUUCCAGAUUGAGUGCACCUGUACUCAACCAGAUUCAUGAAGAGGAAAAGGAGGAAGAAGGUGAUGAGGACAGUAAAGAGCUGCUUGGACUUGGGCCACCUAAACCUAGCUUGAGCCUUAACUUAAGCUCCCGGAUACCGUCGGCCUCGCAAAUGAUGCUAUCACCUAAAAGUGUUGUUUCAGUGAGUCCCGGCUCAGAUACAAGUGAUGACGACUCAGGAGGCCUCCACAAACAGACAACACGAGACAAUUUAGGUGUUACAAAUGUGAGGACAGCAGAUCGGGAAAGAAGGGAGACCAGCCAAAGCAGUCCUUGUAGUCCUGGAUCAGGGCUGGGGCAGAAUAAAGUGAAAGCAGCGAGUGGUCUGGUGGAGAGCCUGAAACUGAUGAGCCUUUGCCUCAGCUCCCAGUUCCAUAAUCUGGCGGGAGGAGGUGGAGGAGGAGGAGGAGCCGGCACAGGCACCGGCACAGGCACAGGCACAGGGGGUGUCAGCAGUGACUCUCAGGACCGACCUGUAUGGAGAAUGUGCAUGGGUGGCUCCACUGGCAGUCUGGAUAAGGUUUCACUCCUGGGGGGUCCUUCACCAAGGGGGAACCCUUGUCACCCGCACCAGCGCACGAUGGGUGACAACUUUGCAGACCCACUGCUUGAUGGCCAGUGCUCCGGGACACUGAGGUUGGGAGAGCUGGAUUUAGCUAGAGAAAACCACAGGAACAUUAAAAAUCGUGUGCUUCAGAUGCCCCUCAGUGACAAGACAUUAUCUGUCAAUAUCCACCACAGCCCUAAAGAGGGUCUGCUGUGCACCCCCACCCCUCACAGCUGCUGUCAAGUCAUCUAG